UCAUUAGUAUGUCUUAGAAUAACAAGCACCGCGGUCGUUACACUCACGGAUUAUACGGAUCGUGCCUACUGAUAUGCCGCCCCAAGUAGACCCAAUUCCCAGCGGGGUCGUGUUCGAGUCCGACACGCAGACCGCUGACUUGGGCUUGGACAAAGAUGUCUCCGUUUUAAAGAAGGCGACGCCGAAAAAGCACGAGUAUGUGUGGGGCAACAUCGCUUGGUUCCUGUAUCUACACAUCGCGUCUCUGUACGGAUUGUAUCUGGUGUUUACAUCAGCGAAAUGGCAGACCAAUGUCUUCGCAUUCGCAGUCCACCUGAUGUGCGCGAUCGGCAUCGGUGCUGGAUCCCAUCGCCUUUGGACUCACCGCAGCUUCAAAGCUAAAACCCCUCUCCGGAUCGUUCUGAUGUUGUGGCAGACCAUGGGAUUCCAGGACUGCAUCUUUGAAUGGGCGCGCGACCACCGCACUCACCACAAGUACGCGGACACGGACGCCGACCCGCACAACGCCGAGCGCGGCCUCUUCUUCUCCCACAUGGGCUGGCUCUGCGUCAAGAAGAGCCCGGAGGUCAUCGAGGGAGGCAAGCGUAUCGACAUUAGUGACCUUUACGCGGAUCCUGUCGUCAUGUGGCAGAGAAAACAUUACAUGAAGCUGAUGCCUCUCCUGUGCUUCGUGCUGCCUACAGUCAUCCCCGUGUACUGCUGGAACGAGACGUGGCUGAAUGCCUUCCUGAUCCCCACCAUUCUGCGGUACACUUGCGGCAUCAACGUCGUAUGGAGCGUCAACAGCUUCGCUCACGUCUUCGGCUACAGGCCUUAUGACAAAUCACUGAACCCGCGUGAAAACCUAGCCGUGUGGAUGGUGUGCGUUGAGGGCUUUCACAACUACCACCACACCUUCCCGUGGGACUACCGCGCGACGGAACUGCCUCUCUACAACAUGCUCACUCCCACCAUCGUGUUCAUUGAGGCUAUGGCUAAGAUUGGACAAGCAUACGACUUGAAAAGUGUCACCCCGGAGAUAGUGAAACAGCGAUCGCAACGUACCGGAGACGGUAGCCACCAACUUUGGGGCUGGGACGACCCCGAAUUCACGGAGAAGCUGAAGGAAAAACUUGGCGCCGUCAGCAACACGGAGAGAGGAGAGAAAGUCAAAUGUGGUUAAAAAACGUUACGACUGGGACAUUAAUUCCAAAGAGUCAAUAU